UGCUUGUGUGUCGGGGCCGCGCGCGCUGAGGAGGCUGAAGGAGGCGCGCGCUCGCGUCACAUUCUUCAGAUGAUCCGCUAGUAAUCAUCAGAAACACCGACAGACAAUCAGCGGAGCGGCGACAGACAGCAGCGGGAACGAGAAUGCUGACUGAAGAUGGACGUUCCUGAAUAUCUGGAUCUGGAUGAGAUUGACUUCACUGAUGAUUUACCUUACUCGUCCAAGAGCAUUCCUGAGCUGUGCCGGAGACACGAUGGAGCGAACGACGAGAGACAAGCUCCGUCCAUCAACUGGGCUCGCAGCGCAGCGUCCGGCGGAGCGGGAAUCAAGCCCACCGGCAUCGCAGACGUCUACAGCAAGUUCCGUCCGGUCAAGCGCGUGUCUCCGCUCAAACACCAGCCGCAGGAGUCGGACCCGGAGACCGAGGGCAAGAGCGCCGAGGCCGGCAAGAGCAGAGGCCUGCCGCUGUUCGGAGAGCUGGAGCACUACGACCUGGACAUGGACGAGAUCCUGGACGUGCCCUACAUCAAGUCCGAGAAGAGGAGCGCCGCCGCCGCUAAAGAGAGCCUUCUCUCGCCGGUCAGCUGGCCCGACCUCAGGAAGCCCAAGCCGGCGGAUCAGGACUGUCUCCGGGCUCAGAGCGCUCACGGAUCAGAGCCGGACGCUCUUCUGUCCGACAAAGCCGAUGGCGGCCCGAGCGCCUUCCCUCCUCCUCCGAGGCAGGACAAGCCCUGGAGAACGUUUGGAGAAGCGGACGAGGAAAGCAAGAAGACGCAGAACAUCCUGAACAUCGUGAGAGAAGGACAGAUCUCACUGCUGCCUCACUUCGCGGCGGAGAACCUGGAGCGCAUCCGAGACGAGGACGGGAACAACCUGCUGCAUGUGGCUGCGGCUCAGGGUCACGCCGAAUGCCUGCAGCACCUCACCUCGUUAAUGGGCGAGGACUGUCUUAAUGAACGCAACACACAGCAGCUGACGCCCGCCGGCCUCGCCGUCAGGAACGGUCAUCUGGAGUGUGUGCGCUGGAUGGUGAGUGAAACCGAAGCCAUCGCUGAGCUCAGCUGCACUCGUGAGCAUCCCAGCCUCAUCCACUACGCCGCGAGACAUGGACAGGAGCGUGUGCUGCUGUGGCUGUUGCAGUUCAUGCAGGAGCAGGCCAUCUCUCUGGACGAGGCGGAUCAGAACGGGAACACGGCGGUGCAUGUGGCGGCUCAGUUCGGACAUCUCAGCUGCGUUCAGACUCUGGUGGAGUACGGCUCGAACGUGACGGUGCAGAACCAGCAGGGCGAGCGUCCGUCCCAGAGUGCCGAGCGGCAGGGUCACAGCACCUGCUCCAGGUAUCUGGUGGUGGUGGAGACCUGCAUGUCUCUGGCCUCGCAGGUGGUCAAACUGACCAAACAGCUGCACGAACAAACGACGGCGCGAGUCGCUCUUCAGAACCAGCUUCAUCUGCUGCUGCAGACACACGAGCUCAACGGCAGACCGCCGUCCCCCAGCUCUCACGUUGAGUCGUGGCCAGAGAUGAUGCUGACGGCCGAAGCGGCUCCUGAUAACGGUCAGUGGACGCUGAAGCAGAGACACAUGGACUCAGAUGCUGUCCAGCGCAAGCUGCUGGGAAAAGAUCCGGCUGGGGAGGUGGGGCCUGGAGCCGGACCAAUGAGACGGCUCGGGCCGGGCGAGAGGCGGGAACUCAAGCUGGCGCGUCUCAAGCAGAUCAUGCAGCGUUCGCUCAGCGAAUCAGACGCAGAAGAGUCCAAACCGCCCCGACCCGAGCGGCCCACGCAGCUGUCCAUCGCAGAACCCGACGAAAACAAGCACAAGUUCUCUUUAACACACAGAACUUCCAAAUCCCUGGACGUUUGCAACCCGUCUCCGUCGUCAGACCACAGCGACCCAGAAACCAAACCCGAAGAGCUUCCCGACAGCCAGAAGCUCACCACCAGUCCCAAAAGCGCCCUCAAGUCUCCGUCCUCUCGCAGAAAAACCUCGCAGAACCUCAAACUGAGGGUCACGUUUGACGAGCCGCCGCGGAAAGACGGACCAGCGCCGGACGCCAAAGUCCCGUCCGGAAAAGACAAGCCGGAGUCCAGCAAGCGAGCGUUUGGGACGUUUCGCUCCAUCAUGGAAACCCUGAGCGGAAACCAGAACAGCAACAACAACAACGCUCAGAGCGCCGCCAAACACAGCGGAGCGUCCGGCAAGAAGAGCGAGUCCAAGAGCAAAAGCAAGACGAGCGCUGUUUAAAACGGCCUGAUGUUACACGACAAGAAACUGAUUCAAACCAGACUCUAGAAACCAGGUGCUUCACGACAGCAAUCUUUUACACACUGCAAAAAAUGAUUUUACUUAGUUUUUUUGUAUUGUUUUCUAAACGCUCUUGAAUCAAGAUGCAUUUACUGUACAAGUAAAAUGAUUUAA